AUGCAAUCCUCCGAGUCGAGUUCAUCCAAUUCCUCCUUGGAGUUGCAACAAGAUCAUCAUGGUCCUCUCACCACCCUUACAUCAGCAACAACUCUUCACGUGGAAAGAUCAUCAUCAUCACAUCCACUCCGAGAUGAUUUUUCAUCUUCUCUUCUUCAUCAUGAAACACCCAUAGAAAAUAGACAUGAAUUGCAAGGCAAUACGACGACACCAAUAGCAACUCUUUCAGAAGUACACAAUGAUCCAUUCAUUUCUCCUUCCAUUCCGCAUGAUGAUAACAAUUCUCAUUAUUCCAUCUCUCCUCCCAUGAAUUCAGCUGCUUCGUUAAUUCAAGCUUCCUCUUCACCGUCCACCGCGGGAUCACCCAAGAGCCUCGUCAGUCCUUUUUCAUCAUCAUCCAAUAACAAAACCAUCUUGAUGAAAAGUCUGUUCCGAAAACUCAUCGGAAUGAUCUGUAUCGUAGCUGUAGUGAUUUUAUGGGUCUUGGGAGGAGUUGUCAUUCAAUUCAUCUAUGGAAAUAUGAGUUAUGAUAAGCCUUUCUUUGUAACCUAUGUGAGCACGAAUUUAUUUUCCAUCUACUUGUUGGGAUUUGUGUUUAUGGGAUCAUGGAGGAGGCCAUUGGUGAAGGGAUUGAAAUGGCUAUUGAAAGGAUUGAUUAGUUUGGUGAUACCUUCGAAAGUUUUGAACUAUUUCGGAAUGGUGAAAUAUUCGAGAGAGGAUGGUCGUCGUAGAGAUUUGUAUGGAACAAGUCGAGUGGUAAUAAGAAGAGUGAACGGUUAUCAAAAAGUGGAAUCAAGUAGUACGAGUUUGGAGUCAAAGGAAAUGUCACCGAAUGAGACAGCUCUUGGAGUCAUUAAUUAUGAAAAUUCAAAUCGCGAGGAAAAAGUUGAAGAAAAUAUUGAGGAAAUUACUCAAGAAGGAGCAAUGAAAAAAGAUGGAAAAGGCAAGGAAAAUCAUCAAGAUCAUUCAGGAGAUGUGAAUGUUGGAAAAACGUUUAGACUUGCAGUGGUAGUUACCUUCUUUUGGUUCUUUUCAAAUACUGCAUAUAAUUAUGCCCUCUCCUAUACAAGUGUUGCGAGUGAUACUAUCAUUUCCAAUACAUCAUGUCUGUUCACCUUUAUCUUUGGAUUGUUAAUUGGAGUAGAAAAGAAUUUUAGUAUAAUUCGAUUUUUUGCAAUUCUUGUCACACUUUCAGGAGUUGUUCUUGUGACAUUUUCAGAUGCAAGUCACAAUGGUUCUGGAGCUAAAAAAGACACUAUACUUGGAAAUAUGUUAAGCUUACUCGCAGCUGUUGGAUAUGGAAUUUACAGCUCACUUUUGAAAAAAUAUGAAGAGGGAGUUUCCAUGGCAAUGAUGUUCGGCUUUGUUGGAAUUUUAAAUUUAAUUUUUAAUUGGCCUAUAUUAUUUAUUCUAUGGGGAACUUCUGUUGAGAUUUUCCAAGCUCCUUCGUGGAAGGUAUUCAUAGCUAUGGUUUUGAAUAGUUUAAUAUCGGCCGUGUUUAGCGACUUGUUGUGGGCAUUGGCAGUUGUGUUGACUUCACCAGUCAUUGCUACCGUCGGUCUCACUCUUACCAUUCCAUUCGCAAUUAUUUGUGACAUGGUUUUCAAAAGUGAUUUUUCUGCAUUCAACGUUAUGUAUGCAAUGGGAACAGUGUGUGUGCUAAUUGGAUUCAUUUCUGUGAACAUUUCAUAUUACUUGCCAAAACGUAUUACCAAAUUUGAUCAACCUUAUUUCUGUAGCGUCCCAUUCUUGAUGGAGAAGAUAACAAAUUGUGGUAAGAGUUAA